AUGGAUUAUGAUGACAGUGAUUUUGAAAGCCAGAAUCUCCAUUUAGCCGGUGAAGGGAACACUAAAUUUCCUCCGGUAUUAAGACCCUAUGCUCUCCCUAAGUUUGAUUUUGACGAAAGCCUUCAAGCAAAUUUAAGAUUUGAUAGUUUGGUUGAAACUGAAGUUUUUCUUGGCAUUGAAAGUAACGAAGAUAACCAGUGGAUUGAAGCAUUCUCCCGGGGGGGUAGUAGCAUAGAGUUCAAUUCAACUGCUGCUGGAUCUUGCUCUAUAUCAAGGUAUGGUAAUGUGUGGUCCGAGGCCACUUCCUCAGAGUCUGUCGAAAUGCUCUUGAAAUCUGUUGGACAGGGUGAGCAUAUUCCUAGGCAAACUGUUAUUCAGGAAUCAGAUGCUUGUGAUGAACUGGCCUGCUUAGCUAAGCAAAUGGACUCCAAUCCAAAACCUGAUGAUAGAAAUGAAUUUACAGAUAAUGUUACAGAUUUACAAUCACCCAGUGGUACUCAUUUAAGUUUUUCUGGAUCGAAGAAGCCAGUAGGAAUUGAACAGUCUCAGACUGGAACUUCCCAAAGUCACGAAGGUGAAUUAUCCAUUGAUGGAAGUUCAGGUAUUCUGGAACCAAAUGAUAUGUUCCGAAAUAUUGAAUUGCCUAUGUCUGAGCAUAGUCCAACCUUCUUUACCAAUGAUAAAUUUAACAUUACUAAUCAAAGAGAUGCUCAGACUGUGGCUGAUGACUCAGAUCUUUGUGAAACUCAUGAUUCAUCAGCACUUGUGGUGGAAACUAAUAUUACUGAAUUGUCUAUUCAAAAUAUGGUGGAUGAGAAGCAAAGUCUUCAACUAACUGAAAGUAAUAAUCAAAAUUUAGAAUCUUCUAUGAUGAAGGAAGAAGCUGUUGUAGACACACAGACUCUGGAUCAAGAUGCAGUUGAUGUUGAUGCACAUCAUCCUGAUAGAUCUAUUCUUGCCAUACCCCCGCAAGAUUCUUUAGAAGGAGGGAGUGUAGUUAAAGGACUUGAGGCUGAGUUAAGUAGUUUAGUGGAUUCCAUGGGAACUAGAAAUGUUGCAGUUUCUGACAUGCAGAAAGAAGAAAGGCGCCGUGAAGAUAUACGUUCCUGCGAUUUGACUCGGGCCAAUGCAAGUGAAAACUCAGUCUUGCUUAAAGAUACGGUGAUGGAUGAUCAGUCUAUAUCAGAUACACACACAUCGGCAGAGGAUUCAGUUAAAGAUGAUCCUGUCUCUGCCGGGCAGGCGGUUGAUGUAAGCAAUUCCAGUUAUGAAGUUUGUCCUAAUCUCCAGCAAACUAUGGAUGUCACUGAGAAGGAAACGUACAGUGUGAGCAAUGUUCUUAAGGAAAACGAGUCAUCAAGCACUGGAGGUGACCACACGGAUACGAGAAUUUUAUCAAGCAAGUCAGAGGGAUCUAUGUUUCCUGCAAAGGAAAGUAUCAUUACUGUUAGUGAAGGAAAUAAUGACAACAGGGUCGGAGAUUUUUCCGGUUUCAGUUUGGUGACUUCUUCAACAAACUCUUCCAUUGGGAGGGAGUCAACUCAAAUAUGUGUAAACAAUGAUCCUGAUAAGCAAAGUGACCUAGACAAAUUUAGCCAAGAUGUUUCUGUCAAUGAUGAAGAGAAUACAAAGAUUCGUUCUGAUUCUAGCCAAAUGCAUUCUGAUGUUGCGCAAUCCUAUCUUGGUGAUAAAGGAGUUGUUUCAUCACCUCUUAGUUUAAGUAGCUUGGAAUCUGAAUUGACAACUUCCACUGUAUCAAUCGAUGCCAAACCUGUCAAUAUUUCAGCUUCACAAGUUAUUUCAGAAAAUAUUAGUUUGAUAUCCUGUGAGAUAAUGAAUGAUCCACCUCCUAGUGAAUUUGUUUCAAUUCAUGGACCCACUGGCGACAACGAUAUUCACAGGAUAACUACUGUUGAAUCAUCUUCUGCGGAAGUAAAAGAAGAAAAUGCAAUGAAGAUAACAGAGGAAACUGGAAUAUCGGCUCUUGUUGGGUCUUCUGAAAAACAGGAAACUGCUCCUUACCCUGUUAAGGAAAUAGAAAAACUUCAUCCUUCUGGUACUUCUGGACAUUUGAUAAGUCACAGUAUGCUUGAUGUUGGAACUCAUGGUGCUGCAAUACUGGGUGAACCGCAAAGAACAAUAGAUGAGAAGGUUACCCAGGAAUGCACAAAAGAGAUUAGCGUGCCUCCAGUUCUAUGUGAGUCAUUAGAGACACAGGGUGCCGGGGUCACGAUUUCUGUUAUUAAUGAUGACAAGGAUAUUUUACAGGAGACUCAUGACAAGUCAUCUCCGAAAGAGUUAGGUGACAUUUUACUUGGGAACAAAGAUUCCAUAUCUUCUCCUUUGCCUGACUCUCGGGUUGAGUUGCCUGAGACUGGAAGCUUUCCUGCCAGUAGUAUCUGCAGUCCCUCUAAUACAUUCAGAAGCCCUUCUCAAACCGAAAAGGAGGAAAAUCAAGGUAAGGCUUCUGCUAAUCAGAAUCCUGCAGAAUCUGAUUUAAAAAAUAGUGGCUCACAUAAUACAUUGUCUACUGCCCAAGUUCAAAAGAGGGAUACUGUAUCUAAAGAUGAGAGAAGCUCAAAUCCUGAGAUAUAUGUUCUAGUUGAUUUAUCCAAAAAGGACACAGCAGAUUUGGAUACAGAUGUUAGCAGGAGACAAUCAGCCCUUGUUAUCACAACUAACGAUGCAUCAAUAGCCUUGGCAGAAUCUCCUUCAACUUAUGGGCUAGGGUCUUCAAAAUCCAAAACUGUAGCAAAUGUUUCCCAUGGAAGUCCACAGAUAUUGGAUGGAGAAGUGGCUUUUAGUGCUUCUAAAGCUACGCCUAAGCGCAAAGCUAGGCAAUCAUCUAAUAAGGCAGCUGGAAAGGAAUCUGCUAGAAGAGGAAGUCGUGUGAAAAAUGCAAGCCCUGCUAUACAGUCUGAAAAAAGUGAUGUAUCAACCAAAGUUUCCCAUAGCCCAUCUCCUGGUUUCAAGCUGAUGCAUUCAAAUGAGGUGCAACAGUAUGGGCACGCAGAUUCCAAUGGUGCAAAGGCAUUUUCUAUUGUAAAUACUUCAACAUCCAGCCUUCCAGAUUUGAACACUUCUGCUUCUCCACCUGUUUUGUUUCAUCAGCCUUUCACAGAUCUGCAACAAGUACAAUUGCGUGCGCAGAUCUUUGUCUAUGGAGCAUUGAUUCAAGGAACGAUACCAGAGGAGGCACAUAUGAUAUCAGCUUAUGGGGUGACAGACGGUGGAAGGAACAUUUGGGAGAAUGUUUGGCGUGCCUGCAUGGAGAGGCAGCUCAGUCAAAAGUCUCAUCCAGUUACCCCAGAAACUCCUCUACAAUCAAGAUCUGUUGCUAGAACACCUGAUACGACAGUUAAACAAAGUGAACUUCAAGGGAAAGUUAUCUCUUCGCCUCUUGGUAGAGCUAGCAGCAAGGCUACUGCAUCUAUUGCUAACCCCCCCAUGCCUCUGUCAUCUCCUCUUUGGAGUCUACCAACUCUCUCUUGUGAUUCUCUGCAAUCUAGUGCUCUUGCAAGAGGUUCUGUUGUGGAUUAUUCCCAGGCUCUUACUCAGUUGCAUCCUUAUCAAUCUCCACAUUCGAGAAAUUUUCUGGGGCAUAGCACUUCUUGGAUAUCCCAAGCACCACUUCGUGGACCAUGGAUUGGUUCUCCAACUCCUGCGCCUGACAACAACACCCAUCUUUCUGCAUCACCUACCUCAGAUACAGUUAAGUUAGGCUCAGUCAAAGGAUCUUCUUUGCCUCCUUCCUCAAGCAUAACAAAUGUUACUCCUGGUCCUCCUGCCUCCAGUGCAUGCUUACAAAAUAUUUUUGUUGGGACUGCUUCUCAGCUUGAUGCAAACAAUGUGACAGUACCACCUGCUCAGCAUUCUUCAGACCCGAAGCCCAAAAAAAGGAAAAAGGCUGCGCCAUCGGAGGAUCUUGGUCAGAAGCCUUUGCAGUCUCUGACUCCAGCGGUCGGUAGCCGUGCAUCUAGCACUGUUGCUGUUGCGACCCCUGUUGGCAAUGUGCCCAUAUCUAGUGUUGAAAAAUUAAAUGUGUCUGUAUCUCCUCUAGCUGAUCAACCCAAAAAUGAUCAGAGUAUUGAGAAGAGGAUUCUGUCGGAUGAAUUUCUUAUGAAAGUUAAGGAGGCUAGGGUACAUGCAGAGGAAGCUUCUGCUGAUUCUGCUGCUGCAGUGAGUCAUAGCCUAGAGUUGUGGAAUCAGUUGGAUAAGCAUAAAAAUUCUGGAUUUAUGUCAGAUAUUGAGGCCAAAUUAGCUUCUGCAGCAGUGGCAGUUGCAGCUGCUGCAGCUGUUGCGAAGGCAGCAGCUGCCGCUGCUAAUGUUGCAUCAAAUGCUGCAUUUCAAGCAAAAUUGAUGGCUGAUGAAGCUUUGAUUUCAUCUGGCUGUGAAAAUUCCAGCCAAAGUAACAAAGUUUUCCUUUCCGGGAGUACUAGUAACUUGGGACAAGCUACGCCUGCUUCCAUUUUGAAGGGUGCUAAUGGCUCCAAUAGCCCUGGUUCUUUCAUUGGUGCUGCUAAGGAAGCUAUUAGGAGGAGAGUGGAAGCAGCUUCAGCAGCCACCAAAAGAGCUGAAAAUAUGGAUGCCAUUUUAAAGGCUGCUGAGCUUGCAGCAGAGGCUGUAUCUCAAGCAGGAAAAAUCGUAACAAUGGGUGAUCCUUUGCCAUUAAUGGAACUGAUUGAAGCUGGCCCAGAAGGAUGUUGGAAAGCCUCCCGAGAUUCUUCUCGGGAAGUUGGAUUAUUGAAAGAAAUGACCAGAGAUCUGGUGAACAUUGACAUUGUCAGAGAUGUUCCCGAAACUUCUCAUGAACAAAACAGAGACAUUUCAUCUAGUGGAAUUUCAUCUUCUAUCAUGAUCAAUGAAAAUAAUUCAAGAGGACAAAAGGCACGCAAUGUUUCUGAUUUAGUGAAGCCUGUUGACAUGGUUCCUGGAUCUGAGCCUGAAAUACAGGCUCCUUCUCUCACUGUUAGAAAUGAAUCUGAAAAUCUUGAGGAAACUAAUUUCAAGGAGGGCUUACUUGUAGAGGUCUUCAAAGAUGAGGAAGGUUAUAAAGCUGCUUGGUUCGAAGCCAAUAUUUUAAGCUUGAAAGAUGGUAAAGCUUAUAUAAGCUACAUUUCGCUUGAAGCUGUUGAAGGGCCAUUAAAGGAAUGGGUGUCACUUGAAUGUGAAGGAGACAAACCACCCAGAAUACGCACUGCUCGCCCUCUGACUAGUUUGCAACCUGAAGGAACAAGAAAGAGGCGCAGAGCAGCUAUGGGAGAUUAUGCUUGGUCUGUUGGGGAUAGGGUUGAUGCAUGGAUACAAGAAAGCUGGCGGGAAGGAGUAAUCGCAGAGAAGAAUAAGGAGGAUGAAACAACUUUAACUGUCCACAUUCCUGCCAGUGGAGAAACAUUGGUUCUUAGAGCUUGGCAUCUCCGUCCGUCCCUUAUUUGGAAGGAUGGUCAAUGGCUAGAAUUUAACAAGGUGGGAGUAAAUUCUGCGCAUAAGGGUGAUACACCACAUGAAAAGCGACCUAAGCUGGGUAGUAGCGAUGCAGUAGAUGUGAAAGGGAAAGAAAAGAUGUCAAAAAAUAUUGAAGCUGCAGAGUCUGCAAACCCUGAUGAUUUAGAGUUGCUUAAUUUGACUGAAAAUGAGAAAGUCUUUAACAUUGGCAAGAACACAAGGUCUGCCCUUCAAAAAGAAGGGUCAAAAGUCAUUUUUGGAGUUCCUAAACCUGGAAAGAAAAGGAAAUUUAUGGAAGUGAGCAAACACUACAAUGCACAUGGGAGCCGCGUUAAAGAUGCUAAUUCUUCGAUGCCUCAAGGUUCAGAACUUCGAGGAUGGAGAAAUAGUUCAAAAAAUGAUACUAAAGAGAAACUUGGAGCUGACUCCAAACCCAAGACUAAAUUUGGAAAACCGCAGGGUGUUUUGGGUAGAGUGAUUCCACCAAGGAAUCCAUCCGUAUCCAGUACAAAAAUGACCAAGGAUUCUUCAAAUCAUAUAAAAAAUGCUUCACAGAGUGAUAGUCAGGCUGAGAGAGCACCCUCCACAACUGAAGUAGCCACACAAGUACCAAUCGUAUUUUCAUCUCUGCCAACUUCAACGGAUACUCUUCGUACUAAGAGGACACUAACAUCAAGAGCGAGUAAGGGAAAACUUGCACUUGCAGGUGAUAAACUACGAAAAGGUGGUGGGGAAAAAACCUCAAUCGACAAACCCCUAAAAUCAACAUCUGAAUCUGAUGUCCACGAGCCCCGGAGAUCCAACCGCAGGAUCCAGCCAACCUCCAGACUAUUAGAAGGAUUGCAGAGUUCUUUGAUAGCCUCAAAGAUUCCUUCAGUUUCACAUAACCGUAAUAUUCCCAAGGGUAAUAAUCACCAGGGUUGA